AUGGCCUCGCAGAGCGUUUCUUCUCGAAAACGCCCGGCCCCAGGGACAUCACCUGCGAUACAUGCCCCGAUGGGAACGAUUCCAAACUACACCGAUCCAAACACCCAGCUUUCAGAUGACCAGUUUCUUCAGUGGGGCCAAGACGCGCCAGCUGUGACUCCCGCCUACCCUGUUGACUCGGCAGGGUACAACGCCAUGCCUUUUACCGCAAACCAAGACAUCGCAAGCGCCGGGGUAACGCAAUCCAAUCAAAUUGCCAGACGACCUAUGAAUCAACUCAUUAAUAGAAACCGCACGUACGAGCAGACUACGCCACCCUUGACCGAUCAAAAUACAGGUGAUGGUUGGGGAGAAAGUGUAGCGGAGCUCGAGCAACGAGCAUUGGUUGCGAAGCGAGAAGCACAGGCCAAAAGAAAACAAAUUCCGCCUUUUGUCCAGAAGUUGAGAAGUUUUCUGGAUGAAUCGAAGAACACAGAGUUAAUCCGAUGGUCAGAUGACGGCGACUCGUUUAUUGUGUUAGAUGAAGAUGAAUUCGCUCGUACCCUGAUUCCGGAAUUGUUUAAGCACAAUAAUUAUGCAUCCUUCGUACGCCAACUGAACAUGUACGGGUUCCACAAGAAAGUUGGUCUAUCAGAUAAUUCUAUGCGCGCCAGUGAACGGAAGAACAAGAGUCCCAGCGAAUAUGCUAAUCCAUACUUCAAACGUGGCUACCCCGAUCUUCUGUGGCUAAUUCAAAAACCUAAGAACGUGUCUGGACAAACCAGUAAGGGUAGCAGUAAAGGGGCCAAAGCUAGGACUGAUGAUGGCGAUGAGAAUGAUGUGGAAGAGUAUGUUGAUGAAAGCAACCGGGAAGAACGGUCGCGGAAUCGUGCUCAGCUAGCGAUAAGCACUCGGGAGGACUUUCUUCCUAAGGAUCAAUUGAGUGGCGUCUACCGUGAACUUCAGACGAUACGACAGCAACAACAGAUUAUCUCCAGUACAAUAUCUAAGCUUCGCCGAGAACAUGAACAACUAUACGGCCAGGCUGCCAACUUUCAAGAACAACACAAUCGCCAUGAAAACUCGAUCAAUGCAAUCCUUACCUUCUUAGCUACGGUGUACAAUCGCAGCCUUCAGGGCCACGAGAGCCAACAGAACAUCGCCAAUUCGUUUCCACAGGACCAAGGUAAUGUUGUGGAUGUCGGCGAUGACUUUGUUUUGAGCUCACUAGGCGAUGAUACACCCCUGGGACCUGGAGCAUUCAAGAAGAAGCCGUUACUUUUGAAGGCUCCGCCACAGGUCGGUUCUGGUACAGUUGAUCGCGCAACCACCUUGUCUCCAGCUGCUUCUACCUACGACGGUCAUGGUGGGCGAGCGAGCUCCCGACAACAGCGGGCAUCAACAGGUAUUAUUGAAGAAGUGCCUGAUGGCAACAGUCCCCAACCCCCGGUACCAACAGGAUCUUCUUUCGACCAACGGAAACCACAAAGAGAUAUCAUGUCCAUGAUUCAGAACAGCAACGCUGUUAAUGGGAUUCCGACGGACUUCUCUGAUUUCCCCAACAUAGUAUCCUCUCUCGAAACGUCUGGCGGAAACUCGGCUCUUACACCAAAACAACGUGCAGAUGCGCUACGACAGAUCGCACAUCAAACAAAUGUCAACGACCCAACCUCCGCUUCGUCGAAUAAUGCCCUCAUCAGCCCCAGUCCCCCUCCCAUGUUACAAAACUAUUCUGCUCAGUUGAACAACACUCGGAACGAAAUCGACAAUUUGAUGAAGAUGCAGGCAGAGCAAGACCGCUCGGUUCAGAACUUGACGAAUUUAUUACAACCGCUUAGUCCCACUGGUCAAAUCCCAGGUCUUGCAGAUGGUCACGUACCGCCACCGUCUCUUGAUCUUGACCAGAUAUUCAAUAGCCAGGACUACUUCACCGACUUAAAUGACCUAAACGAUAGCAAAGACAACAUCCAAUUUAGCGACAUGUCGAAUGCAGCAGCAUCCGAGCAGAACCCUGGCGCGACAGCAGAUGUGAAAGAUCUUUUCAAUUUCGACAACCUCGGCGAUGGUGGAGGUGCUGAUUCCGAGUUAUUCGGCGAUACCGGCCGAGCUGGUGGCGCUGCACCGACAAGUUACUUCGACAACUAUGAAGACUACCACAAAGACAAUGCCUUCAACAACAACUUCCUUGAUACCAACACAACUAAUCUCUCUAAUAACGAUACCCACGAACCCGGCCGCAUUGUUGAAACACUUACCGACAGCGAAGCCACAAGCCCUGCAAACACCGUUGACGAAAAUGCACAGGGUCUCGGCGUUCCAGCAACGGGAGCAAUCCCAGAGUCUUCAAGUACACAUAGUCCCAAACGGAGGAGAAAGGCUUGA